UUGUAGGUAUAAAAGCGAUAUACCAUCCAUUUUUGCGCACAGUUAUCUAUUCCCAAUCAGUUGUUGAACACAAGUGAAUUUACGAAAGAAAAGUAAACAAAAAGAAAACACAUUUUCCAAAAAUGAAGUUCGCAGCCGUUAUCUUCGUGGCAUUAUUUGUAUCAAUUAAUGCUUAUCCGUACGCCGUCAUUGAAGUUGCCAAAGUGGCCAGUCCAGUCGGAUCGCAUGGACCUGCAUUGAUCAAUUUGCAUUGGCCAAAUAGUUGGCCAGGAUCUUAUUCUCUUGGUGGAAAGGGACACAGCGGCGGCAGCGGCAGCUGGGGUGGUAGUUCAGGCUACGGUUCGAGCGAAGGAUGGGGAAAUGGAGGAAGUGUUGGAUACACGGGUGAUGCUGGCCAUGGACACGAUGGAAAAUACGUUGCAAUCAAUAGGGGAGCUAUCCAUGUGGCCGAUCUCGUUGGCCAUACUCAGAGUGUUAAAUCGCAAAAUUAUCAGCCCGCCCCAGGAACGACUUGGUAAAUACACUUAAACAUGACGAGUUUACGAUGGAACCGAAUAAAUUUGUUGCUUGCCAAUAAUUCAGGAUUUUCUCAAACGAACGUUAACAUCUGUUAAAAAAAUAAUUUGUGAUCAGUUACAAUGAAAUGUAAUUUAUUUUGUGCCUUUUAAUAAAAAAAAAACGUUUUUUGUACUGAAAAA